AUGAUUCAGUUCAAAAAUAUUGUUGUGGGCUUAGUCCUAUAUGGGAUGGUAAUAGUGAUUGACAGUCAAGUUGCCAACAACGAUUGCCCAGAUGCGCCAAUCUUCAAAUGCAACAAGAACGAUCUUACUUACGUAACGAUUGGAACUCACAAAUUGAAUUGUAUGAAUGAUGAACUGUGUAACAUCAAUAACUUUUAUCCAUGCUCUCCAUGCAUGGGUUGUAAUGAACAAUUCAGUUGUACUUCAAAUGACGAGAGUCACGUGGAAAUUCUAAAUAAGACAUAUGAGUGUCCUAAAUAUAAAAUUUGUAACAAAAAACCAGAACCGGGCAACUGUGAUCCUUGUGUAGAGUCAAAGUGCCAAGAACCUAUUUACAAGUGUGUUCCAAAUAAACCAUCUGUUGUCAUCAUUGGACAAAUGGAAAUGAAUUGCAAAACGGGCAGUAUUUGCAAUAAGAAUAACAAACAACCUUGUUCGCCAUGCAUCGAAAAUACAGGUGGUAUUACUGUUCCGGAAACAAAUACAACAUUCGUACUACCGGAUUGUAACGAUGGAUUGAGCGGAAGGAUGCCUUGCAGGUCAGGACCAGUAGGGGCAGACUACUACUUCAGAUGUAAGAAGAAGUGGUGUUGGUAUGAGCAGGAGAUGAUGCACUGCAGUCAGAUAUUUUCGGAUAAUACAUGCAAGCGAGAUUUCAGCGUGUGCAGACAACCGUAAUUGCAUAAAGUUUAUAAGAUAUU